UAUCAACAUGAACUAGCAAUUUCCAACAACAGCUAGCUAGGCUAUAUGCUAUGUGUUGUGCUAUCGCACAGGAUACACAGGAAUCAUGAGUUCACAGGGCUCCCCAGUAAAGGUGUAUAUUCGCAUUCGACCCACAGCCAAUUUUGCGCACGAGCUUAUUGAAUGCCUACCUGACCAGCAGACUUUGAGAGUAUGGUCCAAGAAAGGAAAGAGGAACAAUCAUCAGAGCUCACGGUUAUUUCAGCUGAAUGGAGUGCUGCACAAUGCGUCACAAGAGGACAUCUAUGAUGGUGUAGCCCAGAGUGUGGUGCUGGGAACCUUUGGGGGCUACAAUGGUACAAUAAUAUGCUUUGGGCAAACUGGAGCGGGGAAAACAUACACUAUGACAGGUGCUGCAGAGACUUACAAGCAGAGAGGCAUCAUUCCUCGAGCCCUACAGGAGAUUUUCCAGGAGGUGGCGGAUCGUGUAGAUCAUACAUUCUCUGUUCACCUUUCUUUUCUGGAAAUCUAUAAUGAGACAAUAGUAGACUUGCUCUCCAGCGUAAAGCAUGGAAAAGGUUCACAUAGUGGAGUCCUAACUGUGGUAGAAGAACCAGGAGGUGGAGUCUCAGUCAAAGGAUUGUCUUUACAUCUGGUUCACAAUGAAGAGGAGGCUCUUAACCUGCUUUUUGAGGGGGAGAUGAACAAAAUUAUUGGAGAACAUGCCCUGAAUAAACAUUCCUCCAGGUCUCACUGCAUAUUUACCGUCCACAUUGAGUCUCGCUCUCGCACACUGUCAGAAGCAAAAUACAUCACCUCUAAACUGAACCUGGUGGACCUGGCAGGAUCUGAGAGACUUGGCAAAACUGGGUCAGAGGGUCAAGUCCAAAUGGAGGCAAUGUAUAUCAACAAGUCCCUUUCUUUCCUGGAGCAGGUCAUCUUGGCUCUAGCCGACAGUCGUAGGGAACAUGUUCCCUUUAGACAGUGCAAACUUACACAUGCUCUCAAAGACUCACUUGGAGGAAACUGUAACACAGUGCUUGUGGCAAACAUAUAUGGUGAAGGGACACAAAUUGAAGAGACGCUUUCAACUCUUCGCUUUGCCACCAGAAUGAAAUGUGUGAAGACAAAGCCAUUAAUCAAUGAACAUGUCGACCCUGUUCUUCAGGUGCAAAGACUAGAAAAAGAAAUUCAGUUUCUCAAGGAGGAGCUGUCUAUGUGUAACAAACUGUCUAAUCGAGUUUCUAAUGAGGUCCUGUCAGAAACCCAGGUGGAGGAAGUGAGAAGUCAGGUGCAGAGAUACCUGUCCGGAUCACUGGUUGAGAUUCCGAUUGUAAGCAUUGCACAAAUCCAAGAGGUGUUUGCCCAGUUCAAAAAAGUGGUAUUGGAGCAGCAAACAAAAUUGCGAGAGCAACUCUGUCCGAGAAAUGCUCGUGUAGAGAAAGCCAUGAACACAACACCAUUUACUGUUGCAGAGGCGCUGGAGUCUGUUUGUGCUGUUGGAAAGGUGGAGAGUUUUGGAUAUGGCUUAGGUUUAGCUGAACCUUCACGGAGACAUCGACGAGAAGCGUCACCUAAACCAAGUAAAGGAAGAAAAGACAAACAGAUCAGCAGAAAGGAAGGAGCAUUGAGCCAAUGGCCUGUGGAAAACACAACUGUAGAAGCCGCACAGCCUCUAAACAUGAGUGAAUCUGACGUGACCACACAAGAGCCCCAACGACAAGAUCCAGAACAACAACACAGAACUGACUCUCCUCCACCCAAAGCGGAGGCAUUUGAAGAUUUCAAAGCAGAACGGGGAAGUGAGAUUAACCGCAUACUAAAGGAGAACAAGGCUGUGCUGUUGGACCGCACGUCCCAAUUACGCACACUCACCGAUGUCAUCAAUGUGACUAAACGGGAUCUUGACAACAUUACAUAUGAACUACAACUUUUCAGAGAGCGAAGAAAAAGCCAGGGUCAGUUUGUGAGUGCGGAGGGGGAGCCUGUGAUGGAAGAGGCUGAACUGUCUCUAUUGAUGCAGCUAAAAAAGCUAAAGAACCGUUAUAGACAAGCCUAUGAGGACCUCAGAUGCACAAAGACAGAAGUCAGCUACUGUCAGCACCUGGUGAAUCAGUGCCGCACACGACUACUAACAGAGUUUGAGAGCUGGUACAAUGAGUCUUUCCUGUUGCCGGAUGAAGUGCUGUCAGUCUUGGAGGCUGGACCAGUUAGGCCAGGUCACAUACCUGUGGACAAAGCUUUAGCUCUGAUGGAGGAUGAUGAAGAGCAUGGUGAUGCUCCCUGUCACAAGCUGCAGGCGGACAGUUCCAGUGCUGUGUUAUUUUAUAAUGCCUACAACAGGGCUCUACAGAGGAGGGGAAGCAGACAGGCUUCUCAGAGUCCAGACUCAGUGAGAGGCAGCAGGAGUAAGAUAAAACUCUCUUCUAUUCUCUCAAUCAUCCGAUGAAGGCGUCUGUACGCUCACUUUACACUUUCUAAAGCAUGUUUCCAUGACAGAUGACAGAAUUACUGCUUGUGCUGUAUAAUGUGAGAAUCUGUACUGUUCAAUAUUGUUCAACCACAAAGACAAUCUGUCUAUAAAAUGUUUGGGUUGAAUGUGUAAUGCGUAUUUCUGACUGUGCAGUGUUAUUGGCAUGUACUUGUUACUCUUGACAGUAUAUUUCUCCACUUUAAGAAAACAGCAGUUCACGCUAAUGAGAGGCAAAAACAACCUCAGUACAUCAGGUUGUUAAAUGAAAAGUAAACUUUAUUAUUCCUGAACCACAAAAUAGACUUCUUUGGUUGUACAAAUUCACUAGUUACAGUCCUGAAUGAGCUAUAUUCCCAGACCUUUUGUCCCACCCCCUUUAGCAAAAAAACAAACAAACAAAAACAAAUCCUCCCCACCAAGACAGAAAAACAAUAAGAGCUCAAAGUCUUUUGCUCUGAAAAAGUAAAAAUGUAGUGAAUCCCAAUAUUUCAUUGGUUACAGAAAACCAACUUCUCUUUUUUUCUCAAACUAUAUAAAAAAUGAUGAGCAAUCCCAAACUGUUAUUAACCAAAACUGAAUUUCAGUUAAUGAGAGCAACACGAAAGCUAAGAUUAGUAAAAAAAAAAAAAAAAAAAAAAAAGAUUAUUUCAUAUGUUUAACAGGUUCAUUGGGACACAGUGUUGAUGGCAGCCAGGGUGGUGAACAACUGAUUUGAGAACAGUGAAAUAAAACGUUUAUUUAAAGGAAUAAUAAAAGUAUAUCAUCUUAGUCCUCACACAGGAUUGACACUAAAACUGCAAUAAGCAACAAACCAAUAUACACACUGGGACUCAGUCAGUCAAGACCCUGGUAGAAUCAUCUACACCCUCCAGACUUUAGUUUGGUCUCGGGGCAGAAAGGCUCAGAUUCAACUCUGAUUUUUGCUGCUUUUUUUAAGCAUUUAUACAUUAUUCACAAAAUUAGCUUUUUAGUGGCUUUAUAAGUUCAACUAAUUAAAAUGUAGAUUAGAAAACGCCUACUACCUUCACACACCUGUCAGAGCAAGAGAAAGAAAAGAUAUGAGGAAGAUUUGUAGAUAGUAAUAGAGACCAAUUGUUCUCAGAUGAUUUAAUUGUCUCCUCACACUCCCAAAAUGGUACCAAAUGUUUAUGGAGAGUUGAGUGUUUGUCAGUGUGAAAUUCUCCACUCUGGUCACUCAGUGUGGCAAAGGGAAUGAUUCAAUUUAUAGAUAUACAACAUGGCCCAGAACAAGGAGUAGAAAAAAAAAAAAAUGGAGAACGCAUUUUAGGUGAUUUAGAUCACCAAAGGAACAAAAACAAAAGUCUUAGGGAAACAUUAUCCACUUCAUUUUACUCUCCUAGUCCAGUCAAGGAAGACCAGAGAUUAACCAAAAGGUUUCGAAUGACACUACUCAAUAUAGUAGGUCAGUCUUUAUGAUAUGGCAUGAUCAUA